CGAAGACACUCCUGAAUCCCAACGUAAGCAAAAGAAACUUGCUGGUUUGCAGCGUUUCGUCACUCCGCCUUCUAAUUCCAGAAGGAAACGAAGGACUCAGAAGAAGAGCCCUGCUUCCAUACGUGUUGCUGUUCUUCAUCUUGAUGAUGAUGACCAUGCCACUGCAAAACAAGAUAUGUUUGGAGAUUUGUUUUGAACCCAGUACCACUCCUUGUGGACACAGUUUCUGUAGGAAGUGUUUGCGAUCUGCUGCUGACAAAUACGGAAAGAAAUGCCCUAAGUGCAGACAACUUAUCAGCAAUGGAAGAUGUUGCACUGUAAAUACAGUCCUUUGGAAUACAAUUCAACUACUAUUUCCUAAAGAUGUAGAAGCAAGAAAGGCAGCUGGAUUUUUAAAUAGUAGAGAAGCUGAGCAUCAAAGUCCAGCAAGAAUUGCUAGUCAUUCUAAUAUUUCAAGAAGCAGAACAGAUAGGGUCCCAGCAUUACAUAGUCCAGAAUCUGGCUCUCGAGAUCCACAAAGAAUGAAUUCUCACGUUAUGAGAAGGCAAAUUGUCAGGCCUUCUGGGAUGUCAAGCAGAGGUGGAGAUAUUAACUUAAGGACAAGGACAGGGUUACCACCAAGCCAGGAUCAGGAUGCUGCAUUGGCAUUGCGAUUGCAGAGAGAGGAGUUCACAGCGACCUUAAGGACAAGGCGUUCUGAUGAGCAGUAUAGGAAUUCUCUUGCUCUGGCCAGAUCGAAUUUGAGGGCCAUGGCAUCAAGAGCCAUUAACAACAUUCGUAUUAGAGACCGAGGAACAUAAGUUUAGAUUUCCUAAUGUGAAGCAAUUGUGAAAACUAACGAAACUAGUAGAAUGCUGUAUUCUUGAUAGUUUGAUAGUUGAAAGAAAGUAGGGGAACCUCCUUGCAUGCUUGAUUUCUGACGCCUGUUUUUAUAGAUAACUCCAAUGGAGCAAAAUGUUUCUGCAGGAGAUAUGGCUUUUGCACA